UGGAGGUAUUUGUUUUCUAUUUCUGUGGUGGUGGUCCACACGCUGGGAGAGCUGGCAUAUAUGUACAAUGUGAAUCUAUAACCUCACACACACUUGAGCACACCCACUCACGACCACCCCAUUGCAAACACACCCCAGGCACGAACCCCACCGAGAGUGAAAAGAAAAGGCCCUCAAUCGCUCUCGAUCGCUCUACCAGAGCCCCCUCAGCAAAGCCCCCUCCACACCCUACUUCACACCAUCUGUGCGGUUGCCCCCUGCAGCAGCGCGCUCAGUCGAGCCCACCGCGCUCGAUCUCGUCAGAAACGACAGCAACUGGCACACACACAUACAUACAGACAGACCACACAAGCUGGGGGUCACAUGUGAGCUUGAGGUCUUGUGGUCUUCUCGGGCCUCACACUUUUUGGCGUUUUUGUAUCUGGCUGUGUGUUGGUUUUGGGUUGCCUUGACGGAUUCGAGCUGGAGGAUGCGCCGGAUCACAGCGUUGGCCUUGCUGGAGUGCGGGCCCGGGGGCUGGACAAACCUUACGAACAACGAAUAACACAAAUUGCGCACGUGUGUGUGCAGAUAGAUACCUGACUAGUUUUUGCACUUUGUCGAUGGCGAAGUCCACAUUGACGUGCAGCUUCUCCUUCUAGACGAAGCGGUUGGCUCCGCAUGGUGAGACUCAGCCACCUGACAGGUGGCACACACAGGGCCACAGACAGACAGACAGACAAUGCUGGCUGUAUGCAUCCCCUCCUCUCUCCCCAUUUCUCAGCUCACCGUCAGGUUCUGUGUGUCGUCUAGAGGUCCGAUGACAGUGGGCAGGUAGAUGUGCUCAGCCUGUGUGGGGGUGGGGGGGGUUGGCCUGCCGCCGGUGCUGCCUCAGUGUGUCCAAGUCGAAGGGGAGGUUGGCCAUCUCGGAAACGCCCAUGCGGAUGGGGUCCAAGGCCUCACGGACAGCCGAACGCUGAAUGAAUCAGCCAAUGUAUCAAUCAAUCAAUCGAUCAACAGCACACACACACACACACAAACACGACCGUUCGUGGGCAUGUUUCUAUGUCAAAGAGCGUGCGAUUGGCUCCUCUCUCUCACCAGUGAGUCGGUCGCACGAGGGGUGACAGAGAGGGGAGGGAUAAACGUUGACAGCAAUGCGGGAAUCGCCCGGCGAUACACAAACUCCGUAUUGGCACACGCACACCAACACGCGCAACCAUCCAUCCAUCCACCCCAGUCAGUCUGUCUGUCUGUCUUUGUGUCUGUCUUUGUGUCUGCCUGCCUGCCUGCCUGUGUUUGAGGGUGCGGGUUGAUUCGUAUAUGACGGUAUCGGCGACCUUCUGGCGGUAUCUGUCGGCCGUCUGGGGGCUGACGGCAGCCAGCACACCUGCACACAAACGCAGCCAGGAGGCCGACCACCAACAGAUACAUACACACACACGUGCUGCGGUGGCGUGUGCAUCACAUUUCCUUCCUUCACGCGUACGUGUGCGAAUGCAGCGGUGCGCUCAGCCGAGACGUCCGCCUUUGUGUCGGCCACAAGUCGUCAAGCCGUCGCUGUCGUCAACUUUUCGCUAUGGGUAAAGACCUCGGGUUGAUCUUCGGAAGAGAGGGCGUGAUGGACAGAGGGCGUGGUCGCGCCUUCUUUGGGGGCUCUGAAGGCGCGAUCACUCCCUCGACCACUCCUCCUGCAUGCGUGUCUCAUCAGCCGUGUCGACACAACUAACUAACUGUUCAUCCACGCAUCCAUCGCAUCCAGCAUCAAUCCAGCCAAUGUGCAUAGACAAAACCACCGACUCUCCACCUAAAAUGGUCCGUUCACUUCCUUCUCCUUUUGUCGCCGGGUGGUCCCUCGUCGGCAAUGACGCCGCACUUGACCAUCAGCUCUCGCGCCGCGUUGUUGAUGUGCUUGAAGCGAUCCGGGCCUACACGCACAUUUUAGUGUAGAUGCGGCCGUGUGAGUGUGUGUGUGUGUGUGCGUAUUUCUACACCGACCUAGGUGGAUGCCUCCGUACCACCGUGAGACGACCACCAUGAUGUUGGACGUGUUGACGAUAGACUGAGCGACAAGACACGCCGCACAUCCAUACAGACAGACCUCUCCAGCGAUGUGUGCGCUGCAAUUGGAUUGGAUACCGACCAGCAGGUGCUGCAGCCUUCCCCCAGCAGCCGACUCGCCUGAGAAAGGCCAAUAGACAAACACAUUUUAGUGCACGGAUGGUCGAAGAAGAUACAGAUACUCAUGAUAUACACACCGUCACUGUCGUGGUCACUCAGCUGGUGGCCCUGAGCGGUCUGCGACAGGCAGAUAGACACAUACGUGGAUAUGACACAUACAGUGUGUGCAGCCAGCCCCUCCAAUCCAUGAUGCCACACAUGGAUACCCACCUACCUACCUGUAUCCUAUACGCCAUUAUGUUGUGGGUGGCCCUGGCGAUCUGCACACACAGGGACAGACUUUCAGCGUCCGCAAGGACACGCACAUCCAUAUCAUUGCACUUGUGUGUACUUUCUGGUUCCGCAUCAAAGCCCGCUGCACCGCCUGAACGUCCCUGGAGAGAGAGAGACACACAGACGCGCACUUCACUGUCUCUGCCUGCAGUGUGUGUGUGUCUGUGUAAGUGUGUGUGUCGUUCAUCUCUCGCACGCACCUUGUGUCGUGCACUCUGGCCAAGUGCGCCUGGAAGACCGAUUUGCGGUCAAUGAUGGGGUCGCCUGGACGGCACAGACAUGUCUGCAUCUGCUCAUGAGACCGCUGCUGAUGGUCGCAUCUACCGUGCACUAUGUCGAUCUCGCACUGCUCGUCAUCUGGCGGCUCCCUGCACCUGCACACACGUAUCCCUCCCCUUCAUAUGUGUGUGUGUGUGUGUGGCAAGAUGAUGCUUACGUCGUCGCUUGUGUUGGUGCUUGCGGCUCUUCUGGCUCGUGCGUGGCUGCUGGCUGCUCCUCCUGUUGUCCACUGCAAUGCAUCAAUCCACCACAUAGAUGCGGAUGGUGCGAAAGCAUCACGAACGAACUGCUGGCACACAAGGAUGCGUAUACGUACCUCGUCUCCUCCUGCUGCUGCAGCACUUGCACCGGGAUGACCGAUCUGCACACACACGCACACACGCAGCUGCGGUACACGUGUGUUGACGCGUGCAAACAUACACAUGAUGACCGAAUGUGUUCGACCGUCUGAUAGACGAUCACACUCUCCCCCUCCCUCGACCACUCCUCCUGCAUGAAGCAACACGCCUGCACACACACACACACAGACGAAUGGACGCACUCAGCUCCGUGUAUGCUAUGCGUGUGACCACACCUGACCUGUCCAUUGAGGUCGUCCAUUUCGUACUCCUCAAGCCAGUACGCAUCAACCUGCACACAAUUAAUGCACACAAUGCAAUGCACACAAUGCACACAGGGGCCCUGUGAAUGACUGUCUGUCUUGUUGGCGCGUGCCCGUGUAGCCAGCCGCACCUCGCAGACGUCCAGACAUGCGCGUGGAUAGGCCUCGGGGAUCAGAAAGGCGGCCGUGAAGGAAUGGCAAUCGUUGGCUGCGGCACACACACAAACGAAUGCAUUAAUGCGUCGAAGAGAAAGAUGCUCGUGUCUGUGUGUGGCUCGCCCAUGUGCACCGUGUGGAGCGGUUGUGAUCCUCAGCAGACGGUCAGCGGGAUCCCACGCCUGCAUCACAUCAGAAGUGCAGCACAGAUCUGUCCCGUCAGUCAAUGGCCGCCAACCACAACGCAUUAACUCACCACAUUCUCCUCGCCAUAUAUGGCCUUCAGCGCUUCAACCUCUGAACACACACAGGGGAUGCCGUGUGUGUUUGCUCAUCGAUUCAUUCAUCAUCUGUCCAAUGGAUUGGUACCUUCUGCCGCUUCCAUCUGUGAGCAGACUGCCAGCCUUUGCUCACGGGGGGGGAGGGAUAACACGAAGGAGCAGGGUAG